AUGGAUAACCAGACAUCUAAUAAAGACUUCCAUUUUUUAGCAUUUUCAUCUAGUGAGAAAUUCCAUCCAUUUCUCUCAGUUGUCUUUUUCUCAUUGUAUUUUAUUGGAAUACUAUGGAACUUAGCAAUAAUUAUAGUCAUAUUUAUGGAUACUCAUUUACAUACACCCAUGUAUUUCUUCCUCUGUAAUCUGUCCGUUGAAGACAUCUGUUCCACCACAGUGACACUUCCUAAACUCAUUUACAUUUUGCUAUCUGGCAAUAAUUCAAUAACUCCCAUACAAUGCUUUACCCAGAUGAGUUUUUUUAUACUCAUGGCUACCACAAUAACCUUACUGUUACCUUCUAUGGCUUAUGACUGCUAUGUUGCUAUUUGUAACCCCUUAAAUUACCACCGUAUUAUGAAUAAAGACAAAUGUGUACUGCUGUUGAUAGGCAUUUGGAUAACCGGAUGCGUAAAUGCAUUUUUUCUUACUAGUUUGAUAUCAUCUUUACCUUUGUGUAAGUCUACUAAUAUUCACCAGUUCUAUUGUGAUGGUAAGGCUCUGGCAAAAAUCACCUGUCCUGAUAUAAGAUUUUCCAUAAUAUUUUUUUUAGAGACAAUUUUACUUGGAUUCUUACCAUUUCUAUUGACUCUAGUGUCUUAUAUAAAAAUUAUAGGCAGCGUCUUGAGUAUGAAAUCCAACGAUAGUAGGAGAAAAGCUUUCUCUACCUGCACAUCGCAUCUCACGGUCCUUUUUAUUUUCUAUGGGACACUUAUGUGUGUGUAUUUGAAGUCACUAUUUAAACAAACAGAAGAGCUGGACAACUUGUUCUCUGUAUUGUACACAGCAGUCACUCCCAUGUUAAACCCUGCAAUAUACAGUCUAAGGAACAGAGAGGUAAAGAAUGCUCUAAUGAAAAUCCUGGUCCAUUCAACCAAUAGAACACGGUUAGUCCUUAAACAUUGUAAGUUCUGUUGUAUAUUUAUUACAAACGACAACGAGGGAUAUUUGCAAAGGAAGAAUGGGAUCCUGGACCAUAAAUGUAAGAAGCAAGAUUCCUGA